CGAGCUCAUGCUUUUACUCUGGAGGGUCAGAUCAGGAUUUGCUGGUGGUGCACCGAACACGUAACCGCUCUGCAUCAGGUAAAGCAUCAGGAUUACAGCUCCACCAAUGAGAACAAUCGCAGUCCUCGGAGGGGGGGUCGGGGGUUUGGCUGCAUCUUACUACCUUUGCAAGAGCCCCCAGGUUACCAAGGUCAUUGUGUUGGAGUCCAGCAGUCGCUUUGGAGGUUGGCUGCAGUCCACCAGGAGGUCAGACGGGGCGGUGUUUGAACAUGGACCCAGAGGGAUCCGUCCUGCUGGGGCAGUGGGACGCAACACACUCAAUAUGGUGGAUGACCUGGGUAUUGGGGGGGAGAUCCUGCCAGUCACCUACAGCCAUGUGGCCUCCAAGAACAGAUAUUUGUACGUCAACAAACAGCUUCACAGGAUGCCUUCAGGAAUAAGUGGACUUUUACAGACUGUACCACCCUUCUCUCGUCCCCUCCUAUGGAGUGUUGCCAUGGAGAUACUAGUGAAGAAAGGAAAACAGGAAGACGAGUCCAUUCAUUCAUUUGUCUCUCGGAGGCUGGGGAAGGAGCUGGCAGACAUAGCUGUGGACAGUUUGUGUCGUGGUGUGUUUGCGGGGGACUGCAGGAAGUUGAGCGUGCGUUCUUGUUUUCCUCUCUUAUACAAUGCAGAGCAGCGCAGAGGCUCCCUGGUGCUGGGCAUGCUGCUGGGCUCAGGUGACAGUCCUGUGGUCCCCCCUGGCCCUCUGGCUCAAAGAUCUGUUAAAGAGUCGUGGGCCCAGUGGUCCCUGAGCCGGGGAAUGGAGUCCCUCCCAGAAUCCAUCACUGAGUACCUAGAACGGAGCGGGAAAGUGGAGCUUCACAGAGAGGCAGUGGUUCAACACAUCAGUCCUUCAGACUCUGGUUGGAAGAUCCAUUUGGAAGAUGGAGUCAUGUCAGCUGACCACAUCAUCUCUGCAUUGCCUGCUAAAGCCCUCUCUUCAGUCCUGCCUUCCUCCUGUCAGCCUCUCAUCCAGCUGCUGCAGGACAUCUGCACUGUCACAGUGGCUGUGGUGAAUCUGGAGUAUGACGGUUGCAUCCUGCCUGUGAAGGGUUUUGGUCACUUGCUGCCAUCAUCAGAGGAUCGGGGUUUACUGGGGGUGGUCUACGACUCUGUUCCCUUCCCUCAACACAACAGACCUGAUGGACUGACAACCAGACUGACGGUGAUGAUGGGCGGAGCCUGGUUCCAGGAAGUGUUUGGGGCCCCAGAAGCAGUAACAGAGGAGCACAUUUUAGCACAAGCUGCUGAGGCAGUGAACCGCCACCUGGGAGUCACCACAGCACCCAGCUGGAGCCGGGUGACUCUACAGAGGGACUGUAUACCUCAGUAUUAUCUGGGACACUUUCAGAGAGUUGAGUCCAUGCGUGGCUUCAUAAGGGAGAACAAUCUCUCGCUAUCUCUGAUUGGUUCCUCUUAUGACGGUGUGUCAGUCAACGAUGUCAUCUUUAGUGGACGAACAUCUGCAGAGGAGCUGUUGGGAACUGGAGUUUGAAUGCGCUGGUUACCCUGGAGCAGAACAGCACCUUCCAGUUACAUGUGCUGUUUAGAAUCUAUUUCAGUUUGAACCUGUAUUUGCAUAAAGCGAGCAUUGUCACUCAUCAGUGUGACAGGACACAGCCUGUGGACAUGAACACCAGCGACUAUGUUGAAAACAUCAUUCUGCAGCGACAUGGCAAGGCUGCUUCGAGUCUCAUCUGGAAAUGUCAACUCUGGUUAAUGAAUAUGCUGAAUGGUCGCUGGGGGCUCUUUACCUUGGUGCCACACUCUAGAAUUAAUAUAAAAUUGUAAUAUUUUAGUGUCCUAAUAUCAUGAGGUUGUGUUCAUCUACAGUGUCUGAACAUUGACACAUUAUCUGGUUCCAAGGGGCUGACAUAUAUUUCUUUUUCAGGCCAUCUAAUACUACAGAUGUUGCUUGCACUUUAAGUAAAGCCUUAAGGUUUCUGUAAUAUUUUCUCAUCAGUUUGUUCUGUGGGAAAGAUCUCAUGAAGGACUGAUAUAAGCUUGCUGAGUGAUUUUUAUAUGAUUCUGUUGCAUUCAAAAGUGCUCUCAGGUGAAGUAUGUUGUACAUAUAUGUGCCCUCUGAGGCCCGCUUGUGAUUUUAAGUCAGAAUUAAAAGCCAUUUGUCAGAC